CACAUUAGUACACUCUCUACAGGACUUUAAACAUUUCCUUUUUCUGAACUGAGGAAGAACAUGUUUCACUCGUUUGUUUUCUGCUGUUUGUGCUUUUGGCGUCUGGUUGUGUUUGCUGAUGGUGCAGAGAAGAUCAUUUCAGAGAUGGAGGGACAUUCAGUCACUCUAGAAUCUAAUCUCAAUGAAUUACAGGAACAUGAUCUGAUAACAUGGAGGUUUGAACCUUUAAACACUAAAAUAGCUGAAAUCGAUAAAGAUAAAAAUAUCUUCUCCAUAUAUGAUGAUGUUCCUGAUGGGAGAUUCAGAGGCAGACUGAAGCUGGAUCAUCAAACUGGAUCUCUGACCAUCACACACACCAAUACCACAGACUCUGGACUUUAUCAUGUGACCAUCAGUCGCACCGGGGGAAGGACCGCAAUCAGAUUCAAUGUUACUGUAUAUGGUCCUUCAGAUCCUUCAGCCAAUCUGACAGCACUGAUCUCGGCUGCUGCCGCUGCUGGAUUUCUGUUGCUUAUUCUUGCAGUCGUGAUCUUCUUCAUCUGCAGGAAACACAGAAAAACAGAGCCACAGGUUGAGCCCCGCGAGGAAGAGGUGACUUACGCGGACACAACAUUCCACAAAAGAAACGAACCGCAAUCGAGUGCUAAACAGGAGGAAGAUGUGGUGUACGCAGGUGUCGUCACCAGACGAUAAUCCAAUUAUGUGAAGUUUCUUCCUCAGUGAUCUGAUCACAGUCAGUAGGUUAACAUGUACACCAGAAAGCCGAUUAUUCCAACAAAACCGUUUAAAAUGUAAAAGAGGUGCUAACAUGCACUGUGCUAGCCGUGGUGUUCAUGCAAAUGCAAAAGAUGCAUUGUUUUUUGUAAAAUCCACAUGUGUGUGAGAGAUAACCAAAGUAACAGAACGGUUUGAAGGUUUGGUUAAAACUGCUCACUAAUGGCGACCAUUCUGUAAAUGUCACGAACAUGCGUUUAACAGCUUCAAAAGCCCUACAAUAUACCAAUUUCUGAAGUGCGUGUAAACUCUGAACAAUGCACAUGAGUCUCCCAACGAGAUAUUUUGUAAAUUGCUUUUUUGUAAAUAAGUGUGUUAAUAAAAAAAAAGUUAACUCUGAA